AUGUCAAAUGUUUUCCCUUCUUUACAUGCUUGUUUUCUGUUGAAGAUAUUCGUUAACUUCGCCGUGUUAGCACCAAAAGAGAAGCUGCAAAUGGAAGUAGUUAUGUCUCUUAUUGCAGCAACUACGAACAUGAAACAAACGAUACUGCAACAUCCGUUGGUGGAAAUGUACCUCUGGGUAAAGUGGUCCAAGCUGAGAAUAUACUUCUAUAGUUUGCUCUUCGUCCACGCCUUGCUGGUCUUCUCCCUGUCUGGUUACUCCAUAACGAUAUUGCAACCCGAGAUUAAUUCCAUCCCGUGGAAUGGGAUUCUCGGUUUCUCUUCUUGCCUCCUGCUCUUUUACAAUCCAGUUAUGCAGGUGUUGAUACCUAGGUUCUUUGGCAACUUUGCUCGCCUAGAUGCAAAUGAUGCUGUUCAUCGGCCAUAUUCCAAAGUAUGGAUGUUACACGCUCAUCUUCUUUACCGUGCUGAAGAACAUUCUGAAGAGGAAGGGAUGGAAGAAGGAAGAAGGCAAGGUUCUAAAUGUCUGGUCGGUGAUAUGGCUGCCAUCAGGACCCACUUGCCUACCCCUACUUCGCGCAGUCGGUGUACUACACCACCCUCCUCUCUUCGCGAUUAUAACAACGUGCAUCUGGGGCUUUUUAUUUCCUUUCAGCUUCUCCUAGCGUUCGUCUGCCCGAUUGUCGGAUUCGCGUUCAGCUUCGCCGUUUUGUUUCACGGGAACGACCAGUUUCGCAAUUUAUGGAGGGCCGUCGUGAAGAUCGUGGUAAUGAUGAUGGGCGAGUACGAGUACAGCGAUCUGUUCUCGGAUAAGAAGAAUGGGAAUUCCCUCCUGUCAUUCACGAGUAGGAUCGUGUUCCUCGUUUUCAUCAUGCUCGCUAGUAUGGUCCUGAUGAACCUGAUGAUCGGCAUCGCAGUCAAUAACAUUCAAGGUCUCGAGAAGGAGGUACUCUUGCUCACUUGUCUUCGAUAUCCAUCACGUAAACGUCUAUUUCACAAGAACAACAGCAAACUUGAUAACGCGAAACUCGAAGAUCAAUCAAAGAUGCACAAUUAUCCAAUCGUCAUCAUCCUUGGAAUGUCUCAACAUCUUUUCAACGACAAAAUCGCGUGUCGGUAGAUACGACUUUGUCAACGUCCAAUCAAAUAUUUGUGCGAUCGCCAUGUUGUAAAAAAAGGCGGGAAGUAGAGGUAACAGUGGCAUUCAAAGAGAAGUUGCAAUUUCGCCGUAUCGAGGAUUAUUCUGGAUAUUCUGGAGGUUCCGUCGUAUCAUUUAUAGGAUCGACUUUGAAAUGCGCAACCGGGACUGGAGAAAAAUUCACGAACGAGUUUUCCUCAACUUGAGGAAAGAUUUCCAAGUGGAAUUCAAUUUCAAUUCACGCGGAGGGAUUGCGAGAUAAGAGGAUCAUGGAUGGCCCUUUCGCACGACGUAAGUGUAGUGUGCAGGAGUCACAGUGACAGUGGUGGCAGUGGUGACGGUGGCGGUUGCGACACUGACGGUGGGAGUAGCAGCAGUAGCAGCAGCGGCGGUGGCAGUGGCGGUGGCGGUGGUAGUGGCGGUGGCGGUGGCGGUGGCAGUGGCGGCAGAAGCAGCAGAAGCAAUAGUGGCAAUGAUGACGACGAGGACGACGACAACGACAGCAGCAGCAGCAACAGUGACGGUGACGUCGGCACCGAGCAUCCAGGCAGAGCACGUCGAGCCAACGGAUUCGGGACUAGAUACGCAAACACGCAACCUCGGGACCUUACUACGGGCACGAUGGCCGUCCGGCGCGUGCACCGUCAACAACAACAACAACAGCAACGUCGUCACCGUCGUCGUGGUGCCGUACUCGCCGUCGCGCGUGUUCUUUGUACUUACCUGCACACGGAAUCGAAGCAACAGCAGCAGCAGGAUCGCGCGCUCGCUAAAGCAUCGUGGCCACCAUCGUGCGGAUACGUGGCGCGCGGACUAAGCGCCUGGUGUACGCAAUAA